AUUUUGCAAAAAUCUAAAGUGACAAGUCUUGAAGACACCCUGGCCAGUCAACAAGUGGAGUUUAAAGCCAGUCGGGAUACCAUAGUGAAGCUGGUUUCAGAGACCGAGAAACACAAGAAAGCCAUAUCCAACUUUCCAACAGAGCUUAAAUCGCUAAAACAGGAGCGAGAUGAUGCCGUCCUAGCCAAGAGAACUGCUGAGAGAGAAAAGGAAAUUCUUCAAGAAAGACUGAAGGACAACCAUAAAGAAUGGGGGAGCCUACGCCAGGAGCUGAUGGAGAGGGAGCAGAAGAUAAACGAUCUAGACAGGACUCUGCAAACUUCCGGCUAUGAGGCUAAAUCUGCUCACAGCCUGCACCACAGUUUCAUAAGUCAGUUGGCCACCAUCCUCGGCAAUGGAUUUACAACUGUGCCGAGAACUGAGGAAGCUGUGAAGGAGCGGAUCCAGGAAAUCUGCCGCAGUGAGCACACAUGGAAGUCUACAUGUGAGGAGCUUCAACAGAAGAUCAACAAGCUCCACAAACAAGUUGAGCAACAACGGGAUUUGUACCACGAGGCCAUGGCAAAGUCUUACAAAUCUGAAGAACUGCUACAAGAACAGCAGGAUUCCAUGAAACAUUUACAAGGCAAACUAGCCUCAGAAGAGAUGAUUAAAGAUGGUUUUAACACUGAGAGAAAAAGGUUCAAGAAGUUCUUACUGCAGAUGGCAGAGAAGUUGAAUAUCAGCCAAGACAUAUCCUGUGAGAGUCUGAUUUCCCAGUACGACAUG